GCACACCUGUGAACAGGUGCACAGGUGGACGGAGAAGUGAGGAGUUGGCCGACUAUAGUCUUCUGGACAUCAAACAUCUACUGCGCCUGCACUCAUCUGGCAAUUAACCACAUUCUGUUGUGGUGGUGAAGGAGAGUACGAAAAUGAAUUUACACAAAGUUCUAGGGGGAAUCAUUCUGUGUGUUCUUGUGUCAGUGGCAGACCUCAGCAAUACGUCCUGUGUCACUCGGCGGUGCCUGGCCGCAUUGCUAAUAGCCAAGGAACCUCUCUCACAACCACAGUCACCAACCUGUGACCUGACAAUCGACAUUCUAUCUCUUCAGUACACCACCAUAUAUGUGGACACCAAAAAGAUGCAUUUCUCCAGUCAGCUGUCUCUGGUAAUGAAAUGGGUAGAUCCAGAUCUAUCCUGGGAUAGGAGGACAUACAACUAUGGUGGUGUGGUCCUCCCAAAAAAUAAGAUUUGGACCCCGAUACUCACAGUGGAAAAUGCAGUGAGCGUAUCCAGCAAUCCUGUCACCAAUGAUGUGCUGGUGAUGAGCACUGGAGUUGUAGUGUACCAAGUUGUCAUGGACACAACAGUCAAAUGCAGCAUCAAUCUCUUCUACUACCCCUUUGUUGCAGACUCUUGCCUUGUUCCCCUAAAUGGCCGGACAAGCAAGAGUGGAUGUGGGGUGAAUCUGACAUUCCCAGGAUAUGUGAACAUGACGGAAGCCACAUCUGAGUGGAUCACCAAUGGGGUGGAACUGACUGGAGAGAGCACCCGACACUACCUUAAUGUGUCGAUGUCAGUCAGCAUCUUCAACCCGACAGUGAGUCUCAUCCUGCCCUGCGUCCUGCUCCUCCUGGCAGACGUGGUGAGCUGCCUGCUGCCCCUCGGUGGCGGGGAGAGGAACAGCUUCAAGGUCACGCUGGUGCUCAGCUUCACCAUGUUCCUGCUCCAGCUCACACAGACACUGCCCGACACGGACGACUGCAGCCCCUUGCUCCGGUACCAUUACCUGGUAAGCCUACUGCUGAUGUUACAGAGUAUGCUCAGCUCCAUGGUGCUCACCCACAUGGUAGGUGGUUGUACCUUCCUGUCCUGCCUGCGUACCUGUAAGAAGGGGAAGGAUGACAACCUCCUGGACGGGACCCACACACAGCAGGGAGGCAAUGGAAGAGUCAUUGGUGGAGACCAGGACAACACCGCAGAGACCAUCAAGGAGGACUCACUGGGGAGCAUGGCGUAUAUCCUAAAGGCCAAGAGGCAGCAAGAGGAGAAGGAGGAGAAGUACAGGGCGUUUGCUGAGAAGUUGGACCUGGCUUUAUUCCUGCUCUACAUUUGUCUUUGUGUAAUAUAUGGCGUUAGCAUAGCGUACGUCAUCACACUGGACUUCUGCGUCAAAAACAAGAGUGUUACCUGGAGUGACGACUAUGACGACUACGACUAAUCCUGCAAUAUCUGCACUCCCACUAGGACAUAGUAUACAGACAGUACAUCUCAUUAAAAAAAUAUUUAAAUCCUUUUAGAAUAUUAAAUGCCUUAUAUGAGCAAUAUGUAUUUUUUUUUAGUAUUGGCAGUAUCACAAAUAUGUAGUUGACUCAAAACCCUCUCAAAAUAUACAUACAUAUACACAUUCACACACACCGCUGGACUGGCCAUAGGGCAUACCGGGCAUUUGCCCGGUGGCCUGACGUGCUUUUAUUUAUUUUUUAUUCAGGCCAAACCCGUUAUUAACGUCGCAGGCCACAUUAUCUUCCUUGCAGGCCACUUACUGCAAUGUGCACAAUGUCCAAAUCGACAGAAGAAAUGCUAACAUAUUACUUUCAUGCAUGAGUAAGGCUGAUUCUUGUUAUAUAUACCCUUAACUAGUGACAGAAAGUUUUAUUCUGGUGGGUACAUGUAUGUAACCUACAUGUACUGUAGCCUACUAAAGUCACUUUUCUAAAAGUAAAAUUCCUACAGCAAAGUUAAAAUAUGAUACAGAUGUGCAAUUUAAGUAAAAACAAUAUGAUCCGGUUUUAUUUGGUGUGUUUAUAGAACAUGUUUAUGAAGAAUUUGUAAACAAAAACAGUGUGGUGCAUGAUGGUAAAUACUAAGACGCGCCCUUGUAUUUUCUACUUUCUGCCGUUCAGUUGCAGUGUCGAAUGAAUUAGGCAUAAUGAGUUUGAGCAUGCUGGCGAAAUGCAUGGCAAAUGCAUCUACUGGCUAUGUCUAUUAAUAAAGUGGAUUAUUGGAAGACUGUGGUCACACACCAGCUCUGGAGACUGCCGUGCGGCGCCAAAUCUGUCCAGGGUUCAUGUGAGAAAGUGCAUACCACACACAUACCACACACACACACACAAACAGUCCUCAAAAAGAUAGGAGGCGAUCGUAACAUAGCCUAAUUUCAUAACAUCAAGACCUAGCCAACUAGGCUAUUAGUAGGCCAAUGAAGACACUCUUGACCUCUUCUACUUGUAUAUGGGUUAAAAACCACACUCACUAGCUGGCCUCCUGUCACUGUGUGUAUCGAGUCUCACACAUACUAUGAUAUCAUAAGUAAAAGGUUUUUUUAAAUGAUCCUGCUGUGGACUAACGGAAAGGCACUGGGCUACUACGCCGGUGACCCGGGUUCGAUUCUGGUUCGGGUCAUUUGCCGAUCCUUCCCCAUUUCUCUCCCCACUCAUUUCCUGUCUCUCCACCACUGUCCUGUCAAAAAUAAAGGCAAAAAGCCCUAAAAAAAAAACUUAAAAAAAAAUAAAAAAAUAAUGACAUUGUGGAUCAGGACAACACUAGGGUAAGCUGGUGGGCCAUGAAGGUUUUCCAAGUGGGCCUUGAAAUAAUUUUCUAAAAAUCAAAAUAAUAUUUUUGUGUAAUAUUUUUGUGUGUUGCUGUACUAUUUAUUCAAGUU